AUGAGGUGAGCCAAAAUUUAUCUUCAUGGAGUUUGCUCCUUGUUAAGAAAUGCUGCUAGAUGGCUUUUUAAGAAAGUUACCAAGUCCUUAACAAGACGUGUGAUGAUAAUUUGCAGUGCUAAGUUGGUGUUUAAUAUUCCCUGAUGGUGAUUCCUAGUAGAGAUUACAGGAAUUAGAGUUCAUGUGUUAGUUGCUUCUCUAACUCCAGUGUUGCUUAGUAACUUUUCAACUAAUGAAAUAUUCCAGGAUCCAAAAUCUGAUCUAUCUUGCAAUACGAUUUAUGGAAUGACAUCUUGAAAUUUACAGAAACAAAGGUUGUUUUUCAUAGUAACCGUUUUGUAUUAACAACAUGUGAUAUAGUCUUAAUACUUAAAAUUACUCAAUGAGUUUAGGGACCGGAGCAGGCAAACAAUCGAAUCUAUCUUCAUUACCAAACUGUUAGGAAAGUAU